AUGGCCCAGUUUGAAGUCGAAGCGUUUACUCUGCUGGCCAUCGCGGUUGUGGCCAUUGCCAUUCGUGUCGCUGCACGAUGGACCACCGCGGGGCCCAGCAACUUCCAGCUCGACGAUUAUCUCAUGCCAUUGGCUGGGGUGGUGUACGGCCUUGAAACAGGCGCUGCUUUCUGCGUCGGAGCCUGGUGGCAGGGCCUCGCCAACAACUCCAUGACAGACGAGCAGCGCGCCGCUCUCGACCCUUCGUCACAAGAGUAUGCCCUGCGUGUUGGCGGGUCCAAGACGCAGGUCCUCGGGUGGUCGCUGUAUACGACCCUGUUGUGGCUGCUGAAGGCCUGCAUGGCUAUCUUCUACUCGCGGCUUACAGCCGGAUUAAUCAACAUGAAUAUCCGCGUCAAGAUCGCAUACGUCCUCAUCGGGGUGACCUACAUCGCCGUCAUCUGCUCCAUCCUCUUCGGCUGCCACCCGAUGAAAAAGAACUGGCAGAUCUACCCUGACCCUGGCAAUUAUUGCCAGCCUGCAGUGUCCAAGAUUGAUGUCUAUGUUACGGUGACUUUGAAUGUCGCCACGGACAUGUAUCUCAUAACCAUUCCUACUCCAAUCCUAUUUAAAGCACGCCUCCCCCUCCGCGAGAAACUCGAACUCCUGAUCCUCUUCUCCGGGGGAACAUUUGUCAUGGCCGCUGGAAUCCUGCGCUGCGUGUUAAUCCUUACUGCCGGUGCAAACGGCGCCUCCCAAGCCGGCAGCUGGGCGUGUCGCGAGACCUUCGUGGCCGUGAUAAUCGGCAACGCACCCAUGAUCUACCCGUACAUGCGGCGCGCCGCAAAGUCCGCGGGUAUAUACAUGACGUCGACUCGGUCGCGGUCAGGGCGUUCCCGCUCAGGACGCAGCCAGAGCUACCCGCUCUCAGACGGGGAGGAAAUGAAGUGGAAAAGCCCCGGUGUCUCGCAGGCGUCGAAGAAGAGGAGGUUCCGACACCCGCUGUCGUUGCCGGACAGUCAGUGGAGGGAUGAGACAAGGACGGGCGAUGAGGCUUGUAUGCUGGAUAUGCAUCCGCUGCCGAGGCAGGUGAGUGUUGAGGGGUUUGAGUUUCCGCCUAGGAGGGAGGGAUCGAGUGCUGGGGCUGUUGUUACGAGUGGGAAUGGUGGCAGUGGCAGUGGCAGUGGGAGUGGGAGUUUGGAUGAGGAGUUGGUCGCGGAGAUUGGAGGGAUUAAGGUUGUGCAGGAGACUAUAAUUGAGAGGGGGUGA